GAACAGUUUAAGAUAGCUUAGGAGGCCAUUCCGGUACUGAAAACAACGCCCUCCAAUGACUGUUGAUCAAACCAAACACCUCCAAUUGGAGAGCACCUACCUUGACGAUUAUAGAAGUGCCAUAAGAUCUAAAACCAUUCCAUGGGAUGGGUUUGCACGCUCUGAACUGCUGACCAGCCAACAGGCUAAGCAACUGAGUGAGCUGGAAGGUGCUACCGUGAGAAAGCGUGUUGAGAAAGUUUUAUCUGAAGAACAUGCUGAAGCGUAUGCGUCUACUUUGUUUGACCUGUUGUCGAAGAAAAUGCCACAGGAGCGUAGUGACAUCAAGAAGUACAUCUUGGUACUGAUUAGCGAUUUGCUUGACCAUGGUGAAUUUGCACAAAGGGUCCUAGCCAAAGACCCUCAUACAACUCUGAACGCAUUGGUUGAAUACGUUGAUAGUUCUGAUGAGAUUGUGAAGUUGCUAUCUCUGUACAACGCCGUGUACCUCCUUAUCCAACCUGGGAUUCAAUCAAAUGUUGAGCCAUCAGUUGUGAUUCGUGUUUUUGAAGAACUGAACGCUCUUGUUGACGCUACAAGCUUCAACUUGAAGUUCUUCGCCCUUGAGCUCAUCUCCGAUUUGUUAGCGGUGAAGCCAUAUAGACCAAUCUACUGGCAGUCUCAUUCGAAAUUCAUCCCAAAUCUGUUCCAAAACUUGAAUGGACACAUUGCUCAUAACUCUACAGAAUCAAUUCAAUUCCAAUACAAGAUCCUACUGUCCUUAUGGUUGCUGACAUUCAACCACAAGGUGUUGGUUGACUUCUCUAAAUAUUACCUUUCAGAGACGUUGUCCCUCUUGUCGUUGGCCAAAUCCUCUAUAAAGGAGAAGAUUGUUCGUCUUGUUGUGUCAAUUUUCAUCAACCUGACAUCCAUUCCGGCAAAUGAGGCCAUUAACUUGCACAAUUUGAAGUAUCUUAUCCUCAUGGGCGACAUUUUGCCAACUUUGAGCAACUUGAAGGAGCGUAAGUGGUCGGACGAAGAACUCAUUGAAGACCUCGAUGUCCUUUACAAUAGUGUCCAAGACGUUUACUCUCAAUUGACAUCGUUUGACGAAUAUCUCCAAGAGCUGGACUCAAAGCAAUUCAAAAACUCCCCAGUUCAUUCAAAUGAUGAGUUCUUCAUGGAUAACCUGGAGAAAUUCCAAGAUAACAACUAUAAAGUGUUCAAGCAGUUGUUAAAGCUGUUGGAUGUUCCACACAUGGAGCCAAAGAGCCUAGUGUUGGUUUUGGGCGACAUUGGUAGGAUUCUCAAGUUGGAUCCAAAAUCGAUCGAAAUCUUGAGCAAAGUUGAUAAGAAACAUACGAUCAUGGACUUAUUGAACCACAAGAAUUCAGAAGUCAGAUAUCAGGCCUUGAAAGCUACACAGUUCAUUGUAUCUCAAACAUUUAAAUAGGUUGAAUGUACCAUUCAACAAUUGUCCAUGAGAUGGAAACAAAUAAAAGAAAUUAAUAUUAGAAUUUCUAUAACCUGAUUUACUUAAC